GAAGAAGAAACACCUUCCGUGCAGCAGAGGACAUCAAUCCAAACAGCUGCUAGCCAGAGUGUGCAAGGAAAAACUACAGAAGAAGGUUCGCGACGUGUGUCAAGGGCAGCAAAACGUGCUCAGGUAAAAGUAUUUGUGGAAGAGACCUUCAAAAAAGGUGUAAAAGGAUUAAUAGCGGAGUUUAAAUCAAUGAAACGGGUUAACGAUUUCACAAAGAUGACUGAGUUUGUUGCACAAAAUGCUGAAGGGAGGAAUCGAUACAAG